AUGAGCAAAAUAUCAAAGCGAAAACCGCUGACUGCCAUUGAAGAACACCUGACGAAGCACUCCAUCAAGAUGAUGACUCGUCUCGAGCUUCUGAAGCUCUAUGACACACUCAGCAUUUGCUACGGCAAAGUCGGCGGAACCUUGGAUGCUCCCAUCUGGGUAGACUUUGAGCAAAUUUUGGCGCUCAAACAACUCAUUUCUGAGCGCCUAGAUGAACUCAUGGACACAAACUAG